CUUCUCAUUUGCAUUUGGAUUUCAUUUCAUUUCAUUUCCCUCUCUCUAUCUCUCUUGCUUUCUCUCUCUAGGUCUGUCACUGUCUUCCGAUCUUCUUGUCUCACUGUUUAUCUCUACCUAUAUAGACACGCAACGGAUUAUAUACAUAUAUAUAUAGGUAUACGACGUACGCAUACGCAGGCCGGAGCUUUUUGCGUGUAGAAAUUAUCAUGGGAGUGCUAUUCGCUCUCGGUUGCUGUUGGAGUUGGAGCGACAGACGGUGGAUAUGAUCCACAUCGGAAGUGAAUCUCCGGUCGCCGUAGCCGCCUUGCUGUGUUGAAGUCUCCGUCCGCCUCCCUUUCCCUCUCCGCGGAUCUGUGCGGCGCUUCUGUUGAUGAAUAUUGGUGACUGAACCAUGUGCAGUGGCCCAGAGCAAUCAAAUUCUGCUACAGCUACCAACCAAUCUUGUUCUGAUACCAAAUCUAGUAUGAAGGACAUGUGCAAGGAUACCAUUGAGACUGAUGAUGCUUUUUCUAGUUUACUUGAGCUUGCUGCAAACAAUGAUGUAGAUGCGUUUAAGCGGUCUAUUGAGUGUGAUUCGUGUGGGGUUGACUCGGUUGGGCUUUGGUUAGUCCGAAAGAAGGGCUCGAAGCAGGUUGUUAAUGAGGAAAGGACUCCUUUGAUGGUUGCUGCCACUUAUGGUAGUGUUGAUGUCUUGAGGUUGAUUCUUGCUCAGCCUGGAGUGGAUGUUAAUCGAGCUUGUGGGCCAGACAAGAUCACGGCUCUUCACUGUGCGACGUCUGGUGGUUCUGUUAAUGCCUCUGAAGUGGUGAAGUUGCUGUUGUCAGCAGGGGCUGACCCGAUUGUUGAAGAUGUUAAUGGUCAGCGGCCUGCUGAUGUAAUUGCUGUUCCUCCUAAGCUUCCGGGGGGUAGGGCUUCUCUUGAAGAGCUGCUUUUGAACAAUACUUCUGAUGGUUCGGUUGGGGAGUGCAAUUUGCGAGUGUCGGUAACCACUUCGAAUGCGUCCUCACCGAUCCUCUCUUCGUCACCCGACAAUGGAUCUCCGUGUUCACCGUCAGACUUGGUAUCUUAUCCAAGGGAAUCGAAGUUUUGCGAUGUUCCUGCUAAUUCUGCACCGGAAAAGAAGGAAUACCCUAUCGAUCCGUCUCUUCCCGACAUCAAGAACAGCAUAUAUUCGACUGAUGAGUUUCGGAUGUUCUCUUUCAAGGUGCGGCCUUGUUCUAGGGCGUAUUCUCAUGACUGGACGGAGUGCCCCUUUGUGCACCCGGGGGAGAAUGCACGCAGAAGGGAUCCUAGGAAAUACCAUUACAGUUGUGUGCCGUGUCCCGAAUUUCGCAAGGGGGCCUGCAGGCGUGGUGAUAUGUGCGAGUAUGCUCACGGGGUGUUUGAAUGCUGGCUACACCCGGCUCAAUAUCGUACUCGCUUGUGUAAGGAUGGCACCGCGUGUGCUAGGCGAGUGUGCUUUUUUGCCCACACUCCCGAGGAGCUUCGACCCCUGUAUGUCUCUACUGGAUCUGCAGUUCCAUCUCCGAGGUCUGCUGCUGCAACUGCGAGUGUUAUGGACAUGGCUGCUGCGUUGAGUCUCCUGCCCGGGUCACCAUCUUCGCACCCCGUAAUGUCUCCUUCGUUCAAUCAACCCAUGUCUCCUACCGCCAAUGGAAUGUCUCAUUCACCUGCAGCCGCCUGGCCACAACCGAACGUUCCGACGCUGCAUCUCCCGGGAAGCAACCUCCAGUCGAGUCGGCUGAGGUCUUCUCUCAGCGCCCGAGACAUUCUGCCCGAGGAUUUGAACAUGCUGCAAGAUUUUGAUGCGCAGCAACUAAUUCUAAAUGACUUGGCUUGUUUUUCACAGUCGCGUCACAAUUCUGCUUCUUUGAACCAUUCUUGUCGUUCUAAAACACUAACCCCUUCGAAUCUUGAAGAGCUUUUCUCUAACGAGGUCGCCUCCUCUCCUCGCUACUCUGAUCAGGCAGCCGCGGCUUCUGGCGUUUUCUCGCCUUCACACAAAUCGGCUGUUUUCAAUCAGCUCCAACAGCAACAGAGAAUGCUUUCGCCCAUCAAUACUAGUGUGUUUUCUCCUAAAAACGUUGAGCACCAUCUUUUGCAGGCUCCAUUUGCAGUCUCCUCCCCGGGAAGAAUGUCCCCAAGAAGCGUGGAUCCCAUAUCCCCAAUGAGCGGCCGCCUCUCUCCAUUUGCUCAAUCCGAGAAGCAGCAUCAGCAGCUACGCUGCUUUAGCUCCCGGGACCUCGGUUCCAACAACCCCUCCAUCGUCGGGUCCCCUUCAGCAGCAGCAGCAGGUAAUUCUUGGUCCAAUCUAGGAUCCCUGAAUUCCAACAUCGACUGGUCUAUCAAUGGCGAUAAACUGAGACACCCGGGAAGGUCUUCUUCCGAGCAGCUUAACAACAACAAUGGAGAGGGGCCUGACCUAUCAUGGGUGCAAUCUCUUGUCAAGGAAUCACCACCCGAGAUGAUGAAAGACAAGUUGGCAGCCCCGAUCUCGGGCACUGCUGCUACGCCAUCUGGUUCUCAAAUCGACUCCAUGGAUCCUCAUUCAGUUCUUGGAGCUUGGCUGGAGCAGAUGCAACUUGAUCAGCUUGUGUAGCCUAGUGAGAAAAAGUAAUCAAUUUUUUUUUUUUUUUUUUUUUUUUUGCUUUAGACAAAACUGAAGUCUUUAGGGAAGUAUAUAGUAUUAUUUUGCGGCUUAUUUUUUGGCUGGUGGAAAGGAGCGCUGAAGUGGGGUAACAAAAGAAGGAAGACAGGCCAAAGGUUUCAUUAAAUUUCAAUCUUUUAUUUGAUUAAAGCAGCAGAAGUCAAGAAAAUUGUUGUCUUUCUGGGGCUGUAACCAAGAAAACCCAGUCCCAGAUUGUGUAAUGUUUCAUUUCUGUAAUACAUAAUUGUAGGACCAAUUUUCCCCCUUACAUUUCCUUUCACUAAGGUUUUUUAACUGUAUUUUCA